AUGCUUGUUUGCCAACAAAAACCUAUCAUUGAUAUGAAUAAUGAAAAUGAACAAGAAGAAAAAAGUAAUUCUUCUAAUUAUAUAACUUCCGCUCAAUUAUCAGCCUAUAUAACAUCCGUAAUUAAUAUACAAAAUGAAAAAUUAUUAAUAAUUGAUUGUGGUUUACCAUUACGAUAUAAUGAACGUCGUAUAAAAGAAUCAUUUUUAUUAAAUAUUAAUGAUAAAUUAUCUAAAAAACGUUUCAUUAAUCGUGGUUUAAUAAAUUUUUUUGAUAAAAAUCAAUUAAAUCGUUUAAAUAAAUCUGAAAUUAUUAUUCUUUAUGAUGAUACAAUUCAUUCAUCUUCAUCAUCAUGUUUAAAUUCAACAAUACCAAAAGAAAUAUCAUCAACAAUUAAAUGUAUAUUAAAUGAAUUAAAACAAUAUGAUUCAAAUAAAACAAUUUAUAUUCUUCAAUCAUCAUUUGAAGAAUUUUAUCAACAUUAUCCAACAUUUUGUUAUAUUAGUUCAUCUAAUUCAACAUAUAAUGAUAAUUCAUCAUGUCUUCUAACAACAGAUAUUGAUUCUCAUAUUAUGUCUGAAGUACUACCUGGUCUUUAUCUUGGUAAUGCACAUGAUGCACAAGAUAUGAAUUUAUUAAAACAAAAUAAUAUUAAAUCUAUAAUUAAUAUUUCAAAAUCAAUUCCAUGUUAUUAUAAAAAUGAAACAUUAUUUGAUUAUCUUCAAUUACCUUGUAAUGAUUCAUGUCAAGAAGAUAUUAUUCAAUAUUUUGAUAAAACAUUUAAAUAUAUAGAAGAAAAAUUAUUAUUAAAUCAAAAUAUUCUUGUUCAUUGUCAAGGUGGUAUUAGUCGUAGUCCAUCAUUUAUUAUUGGAUAUAUAAUGAAAUAUCAUUUGAAAACAUUUGAACAAGCAUAUUCAUUUGUUAAAAAUAAAAGACAAAUAAUCAGUCCAAAUCUAGGUUUUCUUACUCAAUUAACAAGUUACGAACAAAUGAUCACAUCAGCUAUGCAGUGA